UCCAACCGGCGCAGCACAACUAAAACAGUUCACAUAACUGCACGAUGAUAAGACAGCGGCAUAACUUCAUCUAGAUACAAAAUUGUUGUCUGUGGCUAUCUGGAUACCGAAUGUGAACAUUUAUGUUACCGAACAGAAUUUUUAAAAAUCUAAAGGUUGGAGCAUCAGUCAGUUAACAUGUACUAAAUCGUGAUACUGCGUUCCGGUAUAGCUUUUUAUCGCUUCUGAAUGUUUAAUUCCACUUUUCUGUUAACUUCAUUGUCCAAUUGCACCUAUCUUUAGUGUCAGAGCCAGAGAGAUGACGACCGAGAGCUCCCAAGCGCCACUAGUGCCGAGGAAUUCUAUGGAAUUCUACACUUCAGCGACCGCUGCAAUGCAUCCCGGAUUAAUGAACUCCACGAUCGAUUUUGAAAGCCACGGCACCACAUCCAAGGGGAAAAAAAGCAACUCGGGACUGCGACGUCCCGAAAAACCACCAUACUCCUAUAUUGCGCUCAUUGUGAUGGCUAUACAGAGUACACCAACCAAGCGGCUUACCCUCAGUGAGAUUUACCAGUUCCUCCAGGCGCGAUUCCCUUUCUUCCGAGGUUCUUACCAGGGAUGGAAAAACUCUGUCCGGCAUAAUUUAUCCCUAAACGAAUGUUUCAUUAAGAUACCGAAAGGCCUAGGGCGGUCAGGAAAAGGGCACUACUGGACCAUAGAUCCCUCAAGUGAGUUUAUGUUUGAGGAGGGGUCGUUUCGGCGGAGACCACGGGGAUUUCGGAGAAAAUGCCAAGUUCUGAAGCCAAUGUACAGAAUGAUGAACGGCCUCGGAUUCAGUUCCACCAUUUUGCCUCAAAGAUUUGACUUCCAUACUCCAACGUGUCAUACCAAUGGCUACAGCAUGGACAUGAUGUCUGGUUGUGUCAGUGGCAGCGGGUAUGACGCACUGAACAUUGGCCACUAUGCACAACACAUGUCCGCGAACCAAAGCUCUGCAAUGGUGAACUGUUCAUUGCCCACAAGUGGAGACUAUGUCACAAAUAGCAGUCCAGUUCCCGCUUCCCCUGCUGUAGCCAGUGCGCUUGAGAGUCAUGCGCAGUAUUCUGGAGGCGCUCCAUAUUGGUGUUCUUCCAGCGGUUCCCCGUAUCUAAAACAGCCUGCUGUGAGCUCGCGCAGUCCGGGGUCAUCAGCGGUACACCAGGGCAUAUCAUCAUACUCCGUGGAGCAGACAUAUCUCCAGCCGAUCGCUAGAAAUGGUGCAGAGAUGACAGUGGGUGCAUCGCGGUAUCAGGCCCAUUCCUCGCCUGACGCUGAAAGGAAGGACUUUGUAUUAAACUUUAACGGAAUAUCAUCGUUACAUCCAUCUUCAAGUGGAUAUUAUCACCACCACCGUCACCAUCGGAGCGUUCACCAGGACUUAAAGUCAUGUGUAAUGUGAGGGUUUCACCAAUGUUAUCCCUACGACUACUCUGUCCAAUGAAAACACAGCCUUAAUGUUCCCGCAAUAACUCAUAGGCCUACUGACUUAUCUUCAAUAUUUUACAGGUUAAUCGGCGUAUACUUAUCAUGUGUGGGGUGAUAUGUGCGAGAACUGUUAUAACUGAUGUUCACUUUAAGUAAAUACAAACAAUGGAGAUUUUGCAUAUACGAUCGUUUUGUAGUAUAACUGUCAACAUAUUCAAUAA